AUGAGCAAUUUACCAGAUGAUCUAUGGUUCCAGAUCUUCCUCCGCCUUCCGGUGAAGGAUCUACUUGUUGCAUCCAAUUGUGUUUGCAAAUCCUGGUUGUCCAACAUUUCGAGCCGUCGUUUCGUCACAGAUCAUCUCCGUCGCUCAAUCUCAAGUGGGGAGGAUGAUGAAACUCUUAUCGUUCAUCAUUCAGUAAAUCUAGAACUACAAGGCUGGGGCCCUUUUUCACUCACCCACCUCACUUCUGGCGACGUUUUAGAACAACUCGACUGUCCUUACUCUGAAGGUUACUAUUCUUAUGGACCAACAUCUUCUAGAAUUUUAGGUUCUGAUUGUGGCAUUGUUUGUGUUCUUGUUGAGCAUGGAAGGAGAUAUGAUAUUUACCUUUGGAACCCUGCUACAAAACUCUCCAAACUAAUUCCCUCUCAAGCCGAAGGUCGCCUCUUAAAGCAGCAGAUUAUAGGCUUUGGGUUUGAUCAGAAAGAUUUUGAUUGUAAAGUUGUUGAAAUUGUAUCCUCCAUCUACUUCAGUGUAUUCUUCAAACAGGAAUGCUUGGCGAAAGUGUUGGAAUAUAAGCUAGAAUUUUCUAGAAUAUCUAUUUAUUUCUAUACAUGA